ACUGCUGAGGGGAGCGCGGCCGCCAUGGACGGACGGUGCUCCCGCAUCCCCGUGCACUCCCGGUUCUGCCGCCCCGAGCCGUCCGCAGAAUUGCAAGUGGCUUUUCCUUCAAAGAGAAAAUGUGCCAGCAAAACAUCAGAUCCAAAGUUCAGCGGGGUUCCCAGUCUUCAGCUUGUCUCAAACGUUACAGUGGACAGUGUCUUCAAGGCUGCAAACCAAGGGUUGCCUAAGUCUGACAAGAGAGUGGAACCAGUUCCAAGGAAGACAGUGGCAAGGCGCCCUCUCGGCAGACACCAACUAGAAGCAGAGCUGAAAAAGAAGGAUCAGUUGGUAGAAACACUCAAGAAACAGCUAGCAAGAGCAGAGGGCACUAUUAGGGAGUUAAAGAAGAAUGAAGGGCUGGUCCAUGAAGUUGAGAAGCUCAAGAAAAUUCAGGAGACUUCUAUGAUGAUUAUAGAAAGCAGAAACAUCAAUCCUGGUAGAAACAUAGAGGAGGAAAAAGAGAUACGUGCUUGCAGGGAAAAGACAACAAUGCUGACUCAGAAGGUCACAGAAGAAUUGAAGCUGUAUUGUCACACAGUUGCAAAAGAGAAGGAGAUGCUUGAGACAGCGAUGGCCAAGUGGAAAUCGGUCCUAGAGGAAAACCAGCGUUCCCUGGAGAAGCACUCCCACUUCCAAGCUCAAAUUAAGGAAUGGACAGCCGCGCUUGAAGCGCUGGGGAAUAUCCUGGCAAUGUGAGGCACGAGGAUGGACUGGGAUUUUUGCUUUUUCACCCCUAGUUCAGCGGUCCCUGUUUGUCAAGCCUAGUUCCUGCUGUUUCCUCCCGGGGUAGGGUCGGACGGGGGCCUGAGGCAGCAGCGAGGGUUCGCCUGGUGUCGGGGGUCGCCGCUCUGUUGUGUGUCCGG